AUGGCUUUCGAAGCGCAGCCAGACUGUGAUGCUGCGGAAGGAGCUAAAGGCGGAAAAACCGGAACUAAAGUUUGGGCCGGGAACUCCAAGUACCGUAUAGUAGAAGCUUACAUAUACUGGACAAACAGCAAUGGAAAGAUCCUCGGGAUGGCCGCCUGCAAUGUUCCAGCCUCUUCAAACUGUGUCAAGAAUCAUGCUUCUCCGAAAGGAGCAGCAAGGCAAUAUCUUGCCAUUGCCGUAACACUCGUCAAGACUUCCUUUGAAGAUCAGAACAUUCACUACCAGUACUUUGACGAAUUGUUUGGGUUAAGUAAGCUGAGUCAUCCCAGCAUCCACGAUGGAAAAUCUCAACCUCUUCACAAUCUCAACAACUUCAUCUAUGUGAAGUCUGCAUCCUAUAAUAAUAAGGCCGGACCUCUUCAAUUCACUGCCAAAUCAUGCCGCUCAGACCGUGCGAAAUCCCUGAUCUCAGGACACGGAUACUUCAUCACUGAAUUUGGUCUGGGUGGUGUUUGGGAAAAUUUGUACUAUCUCCCUGAUCGUAUUGGGCAGUACAUCACAACUCCAAACUAG